UGUGCUUCUCUCCAAGUAGUAACCACUCGCACGUGUUUCAGUUCCGUUCUUGCUUCCGGGUCAUCAUGGCGGCAUCCAUGGCUUCACAGGCAAUACUAAGAGGACUACGUGGAGCUAGUACCAGAUACUUAUUUCUCGAGAAGAGCAAGUUGGGGAGGGUGAACCCCAGACGAUGGCUCAACCUGCAGGAGUACCAGAGCAAGAAGCUGAUGCAGGAGAGCGGGGUGACGGUGCAGCGCUUCUUCGUGGCAGACAACGCCCCCGAUGCCCUGGAGGCCGCCAAACGACUGAAUGCCAAGGAGAUCGUUUUAAAGGCACAGAUCCUGGCAGGAGGGCGGGGGAAGGGCGUGUUCGACAGCGGCCUUAAAGGAGGGGUGCACUUAACCAAAGACCCUGCUGUGGUGGGGGACCUGGCCAGUAGGAUGCUGGGAUAUAACCUGACCACCAAGCAGACGCCAAAGGAAGGAGUCAAAGUUAAAACAGUGAUGGUGGCCGAGGCCUUGGACAUCACCAGAGAGACGUAUUUCGCCAUUCUGAUGGACCGCGCCUGCAACGGGCCGGUCAUGGUGGGCAGUCCCCAGGGCGGGGUGGACAUCGAGGAGGUGGCAGCCAGCACACCUGAGCUCAUUUUCAAGGAAGUCAUAGAUAUUUUUGAAGGGGUGCAAGACGAUCAGGCAGUUCGCAUGGCAGCUAAUUUGGGUUUCAAAGGACCUCUGGAGCGACAGGCAGCAGAUCAGAUUAAGAGACUCUAUGAUCUCUUCCUGAAAGUCGACGCUACUCAAGUUGAAGUCAAUCCCCUUGGCGAGACUCCCGAAGGACAAGUUGUUUGCUUCGAUGCAAAAAUAAACUUCGAUGACAAUGCAGAGUUCAGGCAGAAAGACGUCUUUGCGAUGGAUGACAUGACGGAGAGCGACCCCACCGAAACCGAGGCGGCGAAAUACGACCUCAAGUACAUCGGACUGGACGGAAACAUCGCCUGCUUCGUGAAUGGCGCUGGUCUUGCCAUGGCGACGUGUGACAUCAUCGAUCUGCACGGAGGAAAGCCUGCUAACUUCCUGGACUUGGGAGGGGGGGUUCAGGAGAACCAGGUGUACCAGGCAUUCAAGCUUCUUACCGCUGACCCAAAGGUGGAGGCCAUCUUGGUGAACAUAUUCGGGGGGAUCGUGAACUGCGCCAUCAUCGCCAACGGCAUCACCAAGGCGUGCCGCGAGCUGGAACUGAAGGUGCCCCUGGUGGUCCGCCUGGAAGGAACUAAUGUGCAGGAGGCCAAGAGGAUCCUGAGUGAGAGCGGGCUGCCCAUCACGUCGGCCAGUAACCUGGACGACGCUGCCAGGAAGGCGGUGGCCAGCAUCAGGAAGUGACCGUCAGCACCCCCCGCCUCCCGCCUCACGCUCCGUCAUGUGACCUGAGUCCAGACGGUCACAGCGCCAUUCCUGUUUCUUUCGAUCAGAAUGUUUCAGUCUUAAACAAUCACCUUUUCUCGUACUGUACCUGAGAGUAUUAUUGACUGCAUUCUGAAUGCUGAGUUCAGGUUGUGCUGCACUGUCUCUCUCUACGGUGAGAUUCUUCAGGAGGGCGAGAUGUCAGUCAGGAGGAGUCUCAAAGAGCAAGGCGUUGUCAACAUGAAGAGAAAAUGUGCUGUUCCUUGGCUGCAGGCGAGAUGCUAAGGCCACAUAAUGCCUUUGUUAUUGUUUUAAGCGCGUAUGCUUCUGCCAUCACUGUGAAAUGAUAUCAGUGUCAUUUUUUCAUGGUUUGCCAUGUCUGCUGUUAGUGCUUCGCAAUAUGCCAAAAAAAAUAAUAAUCAUAAGAAACACUUUAUUUUAUGUAGUUGCUUUAUAAUAAUGAUAAUAAUAUAGCUAUAAUUUUGCUUAUUGCAAAAAAAGAAACAAUUCUGGUAUUUGAUUCCUUAAAAUAUCAUUUAUUAAAUAUGAGGAAUGUCACAAAUCAUGAUCAUGGUAACCGAACCAUUUUUUUGACAUCAGAUAUUAAAAUUUGGAAGUGGCAAUAAUGCAAUAAAUAUCAAGUCUCUCUUUUUAGCGAGGAUUUAUACAGUGAUCUUAUGAAUUAUAUAAUGGUCGUACAGUAUAACAAUUUAUUUUUUGAACAUAAAUUGCUAAAAUACCAUCUUUCUAUCAACCGGAAGGUUCUGUAAUACAUGGCAUCCUCAGGGUAAUGGCAUAAUGCAGAAUAAUCCAAGACAUAAUUUCUGUCUCAUUUUAAUUGAGGAUUUAUUGUUGUCAUGUAUGAAAAAGUGUAAUGUUUCAUAAACUGUACCGGUUCUCUGAGAGAUUAAAUAAAUGUGAAUUUUUGAAGAAUA